UGUAACGAUGGCUGAAAGAAGUUUGAAGAAAAAGCUUCAGUCCGUCGUUUCGCAGACCAAGACACGUCCGGGCUCUACGGGGAAGACAGAAAGGUCCAGGACAGGUGAGUCCAGACCGCAGGUGAAGUCUGCCUCUGGUCCAACAAAGAACCCCCCGGAUGACCUUCUUGCUAAGGAAGAACACUAUAAACUCUUAAAUGCAGAGCUGGAAGCCAAAACAGCAGAACUAGUAAGACAAGCGGAGCAACUUAUGAGAGAACAAGGUGAAGUUCUGUCGAAGCCGUUAUCCAAAGUUCUGCUCUCAGACAGUGAAGAUGAAAACGUUUCCAGCUGCAGAAAAAAAAAGUCUCAACAGAGUGCUGUGCGGGAUCCCAGAGUUAAGAUGGUGACCAAACAGGUUUCCUCAACAACACAAAGUACGUCUGGUGGAAAACAAACAAGGAUUCCUCACAAGACAACCGAAAACUCCGAGAAGUCCCGUUCCAAUGACGUUGCAGUUUCAGAGGUCGAGGCAGAGUUUUUCCUGGCGAAGACGAUUCAGAGCAUGGAGGACAUGAACGAGCCUGUUGUCCAGGACAACGUUGUGGGAGACAUGUCCACAGCAGAAGACAAUAUUGGAUCAGGUGUUUCUGAUGCUCAGCUGCGGGUUCUCAACGCAAAGCUUCGAAUUAUGCAAGAAGAACUUGAUCAAGUUUCAUCUGAAUAUUACAAGAGGGAUGAUGAAAACAUAAAGCUCAGUGGAAAAAUAAAGGAGCUGGAAGAGGAUCGAGCCCGACUGCAGAGGACCACAAACAUCCAGCAAACGCAGAUAGAGAAGCACAAAGCUUUAGCUGAGGGGUCAGCUAAAAAGUGUGACGGACUUCAGCUGAAAGUUUGUGCUUUACAAAAGGAAAUUGAAAACAUGAAUAGAUCCCAAAAACAGGCAGCAGCUGUCCACAGCACCGCGGAGGUCCGCCUGAACAGAGCUCUGGAGGAAGUGGAGAGGUUCAAGUCCCAACUGGACAACACAAAACAGAAGAACAAGGACAAGAUAAGUGAAGAGCUCCAAAGUAAAGAAAAUCUACUCGCCGAGAACAAAAUGCUCAAGAAACAAAACGUGGAGCUCCUCGUGGGUUUCAAGAAACAACUCAAGCUGAUCGACAUUCUCAAAAGACAAAAGAUGCACUUUGAAGCUGCCAAGCUGCUGUCCUUCACAGAAGAAGAGUUCAUGAAGGCUCUUGACUGGGGAGCGUCAUGA